CUAGCGCAAAGUCACUUGGGAGUCUUUCAAUCGACGACGUCACUGCACUCGGUCGGAGGCGGCGGCAACUUCGUAGCUGUCGACUCUGCUUCGGAUGAGUCGCAUCACGUUUGGAUGAUUGGUCAGCACGCAGCUUGCCUUCCAGUCGGCUGACAGACGACUGCCGUGGCUGUGGCCGCGGUUCGCUCGGGUUAGGUCACCUGCUCCGCGUCCACGGCCGCUUUCUUGGGACAAGGAUGCGUCGCUCGCUCGGUGGUCUUCGCCGGUGCCGCUGGAGUAAGAAAGAUCUCGUCUGCGAGGAGCAUUGGCGUCAAAUCUGCUUCGGCUUUUAAGUGAGGGCAGAAGGAGCGACCAAAGGCACAUCUGGCGACCGCUCCAUUCACACUCAGCCUUUGGCGGUGCGGCUGGCCAAUGCCAGGCCGGCGGCUGGCGUCGACGAGAGCAGCGCCCCCUAGCCAUGCCGUCGUCGGCGCGCAAAGGGGCGCCCAAGGACCCCGAGCUGGCCCAGCUCUUCUUCAAAGACGACCCCGAGGACGUCUUCUGCGACCUGCACGAGAUCGGACAUGGCAGCUUCGGGGCCGUCUACUUUGCCCGCAACUCGUAUUCCAACGAGGUGGUGGCCAUCAAGAAGAUGUCCUACCACGGCAAGCAGACCACUGAAAAGUGGCAGGACAUCAUCAAGGAGGUGAAAUUUCUGGGCCAGCUGCGCCACCCCAACACCAUCGAGUACAAAGGUUGCUACCUGAGAGACAACACCGCCUGGCUGGUGAUGGAGUACUGCCUGGGAUCAGCUUCGGAUUUACUCGAGGUUCACAAGAAGCCACUGCAAGAGACGGAAAUUGCCGCCAUCUCCCACGGUGCCUUGCUGGGACUGGCUUACUUGCAUUGCCACGACAUGAUUCACAGAGACGUGAAGGCGGGGAACAUCCUGCUGACGGAGCUAGGCCAGGUCAAGCUGGCCGACUUUGGCUCCGCCUCCAUCGCCUCACCCGCCAACUCCUUUGUGGGGACGCCUUACUGGAUGGCCCCCGAAGUGAUCCUGGCCAUGGACGAGGGCCAGUACGAAGGAAAAGUGGACAUCUGGUCCCUGGGGAUCACCUGCAUCGAAUUAGCCGAGCGCAAGCCGCCGCUGUUCAACAUGAACGCCAUGAGUGCCUUAUAUCACAUCGCGCAGAACGACUCGCCCACCUUGCAAGCCAACGAGUGGUCUGACCUUUUCCGAAGCUUUGUGGACUACUGCCUUCUGAAAAUUCCUCAGGAGCGACCCUCGUCGGGGGAGCUGCUGCGACAUGACUUUGUGCGACGGGAGCGGUCGCCGAGGAUCCUGCUGGACCUGAUCCAGAGGACCAAAGAUGCUGUGCGCGAGUUGGACCACCUGCAGUACCGCAAGAUGAAGAAGAUCCUCUACCAGGAGAAGCACAACGGGCCCAUGGGGGAGAGCCAGGAGGACGAGGAGGACAGCGAGGCGGCCAGUCGCGAGAUGAACAGCCUGGGCAGCGACCACUCGGUAGCCAGCACGUCGGUCAGCACGGGCAGCCCGAGCGGCAGCGUCAACAGCCUGCAGGAGCAUCUGGACGACAUGAGCCUGAUGAUGCAUCCGCACGACUACGGGGGCACCCUGGAGUCCCCAGCGCCUGCUGACGAGGAGCAGCAUUGCAAAUGGGAUGACAGCAUGCACCCAAAGAGCAGCCAGGCCCAAAGCUACAAGAACCAGGCCCGCUUUGCCACCAUCAAGUCAGCAUCUUUGGUGACCAAGCAGAUCCACGAGCGCGAGCAGGAGGGCGAGCUGCGCGAUCAGAUGUCGGGCUACAAGCGCAUGCGGAGACAACACCAGAAGCAGCUGAUAGCUCUGGAGAACAAACUCAAGGCCGAGAUGGACGAGCAUCGCCUCAGGCUGCAUAAGGAGGUCGAGACGCAGGCCAACAACGCCUACGCCGAGUUGGAGAAGCUGGCUAAGCGGCAGGCCGUGCACGCCGACAAGGAGGCCAAGGUGGCUCUGGCCGAGGAGAAGAAGUUCCAGCAGCAGAUGGCGGCGCAGCAGAAAAAGGAGCUCAGCACAUUUCUGGACACACAGAGGAAACAAUACAAGCUCUGCAAAGAGAAGAUCAAGGAGGAGAUGAGCGAGGACGCCAGCACGCCCAAGAAGGAGAAGCAGGAGCGUCUGUCCAAGCACAAGGAGAACAUGCAGCACUCGCAGGCCGAGGAAGAAGCCGAGCUGCUGGCCCGACAGCGCCUGCGCCUGGAGCGCCACGCCCGUGCCUUCAAGCGCAACGCUAUGCUCGCCCGCCACCGCCUGGAGCAGGAGCACAUACGGGAGGAGCUGAAUAAGAAGGAGAGCCAGAAGGAGCUGGAGCACGCCACGCUGAUCCGCCACGACGAGUCCACGCGGGAGCUGGAAGGCCGGCAGCUGCGCUGCCUCCAGAAGCUGCGCGAGGACCUGAUCCGGCUGCAGCACCAGACUGAGCUGGACAACCAGAUGGAGUACAACGGCCGGCGGCAGAGGGAGCUCCGCCGCAAGCAUGUCAUGCAGCUGCGGCAGCAGCCCAAGAACAUCAAGUCGCUGGAGCUGGCCAUCAAGAAGCAGUUCCAGGACACGUGCAAGGUGCAGAGCAAGCAGUACAAGGCGCUGCGCCACCACCAGACGGAGGUGACGCCCAAGGGCGAGCACAAGGCCGUGCUCAAGGCCCUCAAGGACGAGCACACGCGCAAGCUGGCCAUCCUCGCCCAGCGCUACGAGCACAGCAUCAACUGCAUGAUGGCCUCGCAGGCGCUGCGGCUGGACGAGUCCCAGGAGGCAGAGUGCCAGGCGCUCCAGCAGCAGCUGCAGCAGGAGCUGGAGCUGCUCAACGCCUACCAGAGCAAGAUCAAGACCCGGACGGACGCACAGCACCAGCGCGAGCGACACAAGCUGCAGCAGAAAGUGUCACUACGACGCGCCCACCUCGAGCAAAAGAUGGAGGACGAGUUGCUGUCUGUGCAGAAGGAUCGCACGGAGCGCGUCAAGCAUCUGCUCGAGCGCGAGGAGCGCGAGCUAGACGCCUUUGACGCGGAGAGCGCGCGCCUGGGCUUCGCCAACUUGGCCGCCGCGCUCGACUGGGCCAAAGACGACUACAGAUGAGGCGCCUUUGACCGCGCCCCCUCCCUUCCCUCCACUUCCCCCCCACCACCGCCUCCUCUGCUCCUGCCACGCGAGCGAGCGCCACUCGGAGCCUUCGCUCCGCUCAGGCGACCGAGAACAAGAGGAGACGACAAAGAAUAACCGUCAUCGUAAGGUGAGGUUACGAUUCUAGCAAAAAAGCGCUCGCUGACACACGUGAGCGCCGACUUUGUACCGAAAGAUUUGCAGAGAGCUUUGACUUAUUUUCAUAUUUCUAUUUUAACUGCGAUUUCACAGGCUAAAAAACCCCCCAAAUGUUUUCCCUCCUCCCAUAAAGUGUUCCAAUUUUAUUUGUUUCGACCACGAUGAGGAUAAUUGCAAGCACUUUAAUCCUGGCAACAAGCACGGAAGCAUCGACAAGCUUUCCUUUCAAUUUAUUUAUCAAGUGCACGCGCGGCUUCUUGUCGUCGUUGAUGGGGUCGGGGUUUGGCUCGCCUUGCGUCAUGAACUCAAGCACAAUUCAACCACCAAAACGGUUUCAUUUCACCCCACACUACAAUUGUUAAAUUACUUUACUUGAUUAAACCAAAACGCCCCCGCCCCCCUCCAUGAAAUUGUAAAUUCCUGCCAACUGUUCAUGUCUUUCUUGAAACAUGUUCACUGUUCUAGGUGAAAAAUGAAAAUGUUAACGUUGAAAAAAGUAAAACAAUACAGUACUAA